AAGAUUGACAGCUUGUGCCGCUCUCCGUAUGUAGUGGAAACGAUAGCUCCCGUUGUGUGAGGGACGCAAUCACUACUCCCGCUGUCAGCUGGCUUUCCGCGGAUAUAUUUCCAUACUUUGAGAGAAGUUUUCAAGACGGGCACUCAGGUUCGGAGUUUGGAGGAAUUUACCGGGGUAUGAAAGUGGAGCGGACGCCUCAAACAAAGUAAAAGAGGAGGCAGACCUGUACGUUUGAUGGCUGCUGGGGAUGGAGCCCAGCUGCCGGCCACAGUAGCGGCCAGCCGGAGCGUGGAGAAGGCGCUCGAGGAGGCUGCCGCGAGCGGGGCUCUUAACUUGUCCAACCGAAAACUGAAGGAGUUUCCUCGGAGCGCCAAGAACUACGACCUGUCCGACAUCACACAUGCAGAUCUGUCUAAGAAUCGCCUGUGUGAGCUACCGGAGGAGCUCUGUCAAUUCAUCUCCCUGGAGACACUGAGCCUUUACCACAAUGGGAUGCGUUCAUUGUCCUCCAGCCUGGGCAACCUCCAGGCCCUCACCUACCUCAACCUCAGUCGGAAUCUUCUGUCCAGCUUACCCCCGUCGGUUUUUCAGCUCCCCCUCCUGCGAGUGCUCAUCGUCAGCAACAACAAGCUGUGUUCACUGCCUGCCUCCAUAUACUCCCUCACACACCUCCGACAGCUGGACGUAAGCUGUAAUGAGCUUCAGAGUUUGCCACCAGAGCUUGGUCAACUAGAGUGUCUGAGGGACUUGAACCUGAGGAGGAACCAGCUCACCACUUUGCCUGAAGAAAUAUCUGAGCUCCCCCUUGUCCGGCUUGAUGUGUCCUGCAACCGCAUUUCCCACGUGCCCUUGUGCUACCGCCACCUGCGACAUCUUCAGAGUAUCUUACUGGACAACAACCCACUGCAAAUGCCACCUGCGCAGAUCUGCUCCAAGGGCAAAUACCAUAUCUUCAAGUACCUCAACAUGGAGGCCUGCAAGAGGAGCCAGGAGGAGCUGGAGAGACACCUGAGGCCUACUGGAUUCAACAGCUGUCUGUCAGACCAGGAGCUGUUCACAGGUCAGUUUGGAGGGCUGGAUUCUGGUUUCAACAGUGUGGACAGUGGCAGCAAAAGAUGGUCUGGGAAUGAGUCAGCAGAUGACUUCUCAGAGCGUUCCCUCCGCAUGGCUGAGGUCAGCAGAGAUCAGAGGAACCUGGAGGAAGAGGAGGAGGAGGAGGAGGGAUCCCCUCUGGAAGCUAAUAAAGUGAAUGGUGAAGCUGAGCACAUGGACUUCAUCGACAGCAGUGUGACAGAGGAAGAGGAGGAGGAGAUCAGGAUGGAUCCACCCACACCUUCUCUCACAGCUCCACCUCUGGAUCAGCAGGAGAACUCCUCACUACCCCAAACCAAGGACUCAACAGUAUGCAGGACCAGCCUGCAUGUAGAGGUAGGCCCCCCAUCCUCGACAUCCUCCUCUCCCCUGUCCCCCUCAAGCCCCACCAUGGAGGAGCGGAGAAGGCCGGGCACCCUGUUCAUCUGGCAGGAGAGAGAGCGUCAACAGCAGCAGCAAAGAGAAAAGGCCAAUUUGCUGAAGUCAUCCACCAAAACAGGAAGUCAUGUGGCCACUGCACCACAGACAGGAAGUAGCUCGGCUGGUGGAUCUCCAGAGAACAGCAACUCCCACUCAGGACUUCGGCAGCGAUGUGCAAGUGCUGAUCAGAUGAGCACAGCGUCUCCUUCAGUACAUCUACAUCGCUCCAGCAGCGGAAUAGAUGUCCCAUCCUGCCCGAAGACAUCCCCUCCACCUGGCCAGGCCCAGAGACCAAACAGCUUCCUGUUUCGCACCUCAUCCCGCAGCAAUGUCAAACCCACAGGGUCAAUCUUUACUCUUGGUGAGUCUGGCAGAAGUGAGUCUCGUACGAUGCUGCGUUCUCCUAAAGAGGAGAGACCAGAUAUCACACAACUACGCAAGACUCUGGAGUCUCGACUGAAGAUCACUCUACCAGAGGAUCUCGGAGAGGCCUUAUCCAAUGGCACCAUCCUCUGCCAGCUGGUCAAUCAGAUUCGAGCCCGCUCCGUGUCAAUUAUCCACAUUCCCUCCCCAGCAGUGCCAAAGCUGAGCUCAGCAAAAUGUCGACUCAACGUGGAGAACUUCAUCGCUGCAUGUCGGAAGCUGGGAGUCCCUGAGAUGGAUGUGUGUGUGUGCUCUGAUGUGCUUCUGUGUAAGUUGCCCGCUGUGCUGCGCUGUGUGACGGCCCUGCUGGCCGUGGAGGUGCGGGAGACGGCGGAGGAGCCGCCCCACCUCCACUCCUCACCUUCAUCGCCAUCGUCGUCCUCCUCGCUGCUGUCCACAGACUUCCUGCUCUUCUACUGUGCAGCCAUGGCCCUGCUCUACGUCCUCUACUGCUACCUGCUCUCAUAGAGGAGCAACACACAGUACCUAUAUUCACAUGAUUAACUGAACACACACACACUCACAGUCAAAUCUGUAGAGUUUUUAAACCCAGUUUCAGUGUGUAUACCCUCCAUGGCUAUAGACAUACGAGUGUGUGUUGACUCUCCAUAGCUGCACUGGUUGGAUGUUGGAGCCAUAUAGAGCAUACAGCCGAGCACCUUUUUAAGAAAACAAACAGAAUACACCACAUAACAGCUCUUCAUUUAGACACUUAGAACAAUAGAAUGCACUACGCUGAAGGACAGAUACUGUAUGAGAUUAGACAAACAGGGAAUUGCCUUAGCCUAGUUUAGCCUUCACUCUAUAACGCACAGCAUGUUUAAUUGUCAGAGGCAGAGCUGCUCCACACGGACAAACACUCUUAAUUGGUUGAGACAUGAGUGGGCAGAGCAAAGGUACAACACCCUCAGUUUUCUACCUGCGUAGACAAACAGCUGUGAUGCAAGCUUCAUUGUUUGUGUGUACACACAAGAUUCACAUUGUCGCCACUAGAGAGCAGAUCAGGGCCCAAUCAUCACUGGCUCAUUCUUGAAUACCUUCCUUGCGAAUGUCUUAUUUGGCGUAUUGUAAAUUGAGCUCAACUGUGAGGUUCUGGAGGUGGCAGUCCUUGUACAUAUUCAGACUCUAGGAUGUUGAUCAUAAGCCAUAUAGUCCUAACCACCCUAGAUCGACUCUGGUGGUGUUCCGUCUGUUUUAAGAGAAACUUUUUUUAAAUUUUUUUUUAUUGAUGUCGAGGUACCACACUGCCUACAAUUGGAAAGUGUAACAGCGACAUCUGAACCUGCAGAAGUUUUUUUGGUUAUCGAGUUACUGCUGCCAUGAGUGGGUUGUUUACAUAACAUUGACCAGCUUUGUUUUUCUGACAUGCUGCCUUGGUUUUUCCAGAGGAAAAAAGUGUUCAAAGGUGUGACAAUGGCUGUAAGUCAGACCGUUUGCCAAUGUCGCACACAGUCUUGUACCUUUGCCCUUUUUUACAUUCCUGAAAUCUUUGUUUUUGAUUUGAGUCAAAUGUUUUAUGGUCAAGUUUCAUCUUGUAGUUGGCUGGCAUGGUUUCCCGGCUAAAAACUCUUUAGAAACAUCAGUGGAGUGAAUGAGUGGGGAAAAUCGCAUCCAGAACCAGAGUCAUUCAAAAAGUGGCCAGUCAUCGUUGAGCUCUGCGUAAGUAAAUUUGGUGACACUGCGCUGGUGUUGUUUAGACCACUGGGACCAAACUCUGUGAGCUUUUGUACAAUGUUGUCUUUUCAGAGUCCGCUGGUAACCUGACUUACCAAUUGGAUCCUCCAUGUGUAGUUGUUGAUGCCUGAGGAUGUGCACAACAGAUGCUCUAAAAGCAGGAUGUGCAGGGUAGCCAUCAUGUGCACUUGAGGGCAUAGUUGAACUUAAGGCUGACUUAUCUGUGAGGGUUUUUUUUUUGUUUUGUUGUUGGAAUUAUUUUGGGCCACUGAAAAGGGCAGUACAACAAGCAGUAAACACAGCAUUUGUCAUAUGUCCUAAGGAUUGUUAUAAUUCAUUUGGACGUGUGCUUGUGUCCACCUGAUGAUUAUUAGUCCAAAAUUCACUCCCUUUUUAUGUCUGUUUUGGUCUCCACCAACUCCUGAGUUAGUCCAAUACUCCAGAUACAUAGGAGAAAAGGAGGCAAACAGCAAAAUUAUUACCCAAACUCAGAAACGGUGAUAUAUCAAGUCAGCAGACAGGUUCAACAGCUUACUUAAACGGUGACAUUCCUAUUUAUUAUGAGACACUGCUGGUUUGGUGUAUUUCUCAGCAUCACUCAGCCAGAGACACUGUAGUUCUUUAGCCCUGCUCACCAAGUUUUAACUUGAUUGAUUAUUUGUGCGUUCAGAGCAGCUCAACCUCUGAGAAUUAUUCAAACCGCAGUCUGUUUGUUUAUUUAGAGAAGCUGUUCAAGUAACCUGAGACUGAACUGUGAAUGUGAUUUUUAGCCUUGAGACAGAUGCAAGUUAAUGAAAGUGGAAGCUGGAUGUUACGUAAUGUUAUGUCUGACACUAAAAUGUGACAGUGAGACAAAUGAUACAGUGCCUCUUAAUGAUUAUUGACUAAGACCAGACCCUUUAUGUCUGCUAUGUUAACUGUGAGCAGCAGGGGGCGAUGUCGCUGCAUUAUUCCCACUCCAAACUGACGGUACAAACUCCUCCAAGAGGUUGUGUGUGUGUGUCUUUUUGUCGUUGACACUGGUCCCUUUGACCAGCUGUCUUCAUGUUUGUAUAAAUGUAAACAGGUUAUUAAAUUAUUGCUUUUUUUUUAUUUAUUUCAAAUCUGUUUUGUUUUUCUGUUUUACUGUUUUCGAGGUGAGACAGCAGAGGCUUCACCGGGUUAGUUCAUCCUGUUAUAAAAGCUUUGUGAAAUCAGUGUGUGUGCUUUAAAUCACAAACACAGGUAAAAUAGAUUAAAUCAAUACUCAAUUAUUCGCAGUUAAAAUAACAUUGAUUCUUUAAAAGUUUUCCUUUUCAUUGGAUUGGUAAAUAAUUGAUUCCCUCGAGGCUACUCAUUGAACUGAGCGUCAGACGGCCUCUGCUGUUUCUACCACACGCUGUGUCUGGCUCAUGGCUCAUAGAAGGUCAGUGUCUGCGACUAAACACAGAUUGGAAUCCGAUUAUAAUGCCUAUUUCACUGAUGUUUGGUUUCAAAACUAACAUCAAGGGGAAGAUUUUUGGGAUUGUGCUGCUAAAACCCUUGAAACCUUCUUAUCAAGGCCUCUGAACCAACAUUUAAAUUGUAAUGGCACCCGAAAAACAUUCUUCUGAGACCAUAAUUAAUGAAUUAAAAGCCUAAAGGUAAUGUCAGGGGAAAAUUAAAUGAAGAACAUUUUUAGACUUUUAUUUAUCCCCCCAUGCGAUUGUGGUAAGAAAGAAACGUCAUAAUAUCAGAGGUAAAUAGUACUGACAUUAUUUGUUGGUUUAACCUUACUCUAAUUUAGCUGAGCAGGACAGAUUAUGAAACAGUUCAAUAUUAAUUAAAUAACAAUGAACGAAAUUUCAUGAAUACAUUGUGUAGGAAAUAAAUCUAUAAUUUAAUAAAUUAUAUAAACUAUACAUUGUGAUGAAAUGUUAUUUUGAGUUAAUUUUUUGUCAUAGAAACUAACUUCAAAAUUCCCCUUGUCUCUUUUAUUUAAUGAUUAUAUUAUGAUUUAUAAUGACACUUCAUCCAUGUCACAGUUUAUCUCCUGAUGCUUUUAUAAUAUUAGGACAGGGGUGUUAUCUCCACUUGGCACACCUUGCUUCUUCCACAAGCUCAGUGACUGUUCCAAAAUUUAGCCUGUUAGCUCCUGUUAGCUUGAGCGAUGGUGCUGAAGUAUAUCUGAAUCAACCAUCCAGCUGCUGCAGCAAAUAGAUGCAUAGAUUACUGCUGAUUUUACAUUGUGAUGAUGUCACAGAUUUAAAAUCACCUUGUUCGACUCAAGGACAGUUAAACGGAUAUAAAGCCUGCAUGAAUCAAAUAUUUACGUAUUUAAGAGUCUUUUUUGGGCAAUCGUAAUUUUUCACUGCAAUACCACCACUGGGAACUAGGCAAAUUUGGAAGCAUGACUGAGCAACGCCCUCAUGUCCAUGUCUAUGAUCAUUCAUGACUUGAAUUGCUACAGUCAUAGCUAGCACCUGUAGGUCAGGAACAUCAAAAACCUGCAGAAAUGACCCAGUCAGUUAGCUGCUGUUGCUAACGUCAGCUUUUCUCUUUGAUUUUCAGUAGCAAUGCAGGUGAUGAAUCAGCUAGCUCGUUAGCCAGCUCAUUUAGAAGCAUGUGUAGCUAUGCUGAGCUUAGUGAGGCUCUUGUUGGUUAAUUUAGAAUGACUCUAGCAUUAUUGUUGCUCAAGCUAACAAAAGCUAACUAGCUAAAAGAGCAGGCAGUGUUGACACCACUGUCAUGAAAGUGACAUGAAAUUAAAAUGGAGAAAUAAAUAACUAAUUUUAAAUACAUUUCUACAAUGUAGUAAAAAUCAACAAGUCAAUCUGUUGAAAUGAAAAGAAGAAAUAUGCGAAAAAUAUAAUUAGAAUAAUUCAUUAUUGGUUCAGGUUUAUUUUAAACAAUGUAUUCAUGAUUAUUUCAUAAUAUCUUUCGCUAUUUAUUGAACCAUGAGCUCUUUGGGUUCUGAAUAAUAACAAGCCAUUCUGUUGGUGUACAACACAAUGUUAAUUUGCAUCCACCAUCCAUUUCAUGUCCUCGUCUCUGCUGUUGUCUGGAGCUCAGAUUGUCCGCUGUACAAACCUCCCCUCCCAUGGCUGAUAUUUUUUAUUAGCCUGCUGUUAAAAUGAAAAUUUAUACUGUUUCAAUUCAAGUGUAUAUUUUAUAAAUGAAACUGGAUAAGCAACACACAGUAAUUGAUUCACUGGCUUAGACCAAGCUAUAUUCUUAAAUAUGUUAGCGGAACAGAAGUGCUGUUGUAUUUUAUAUUUAUAUGAUACCCUUGUAUUAUUAAGAAUCCGUUUUGAGUUUAUAUAAAUCUAUAUGUAAAGUUCUUUUUCCUCCCGCUGUAAAGAAAUUAUUAAAAACAAACUUUGACCAUG